AUGACAGAGCCGUUGGCUUUUCUAACUUCACAGCUGCACACGGUGUCUACUGCGGUUCUCUUUGGGGAUGGCAGAAUGAGAGGGGUGCUCUUGUUACUGCUCUAUUUUUCCUACUCUUCUGCCGACUGUGGCAUCCAGAAAGCUUUCAUUCCGGACACUCUCGAGGACAACUUGGUCCACAGCAAGAUGUUCCCGUGGGUGGUGUCCCUGCAGGAUUCCCAGUACACCCACCUGGCUUUCGGCUGUGUCCUGAGUGAGUUCUGGAUCCUCAGCAUCGCGUCCACCUUUCAGCACAGGAAGAACGCGGUCGUUAUAGUUGGUAUAGCUAACAUGGAUUCCAGAAGGAAAGCCCACACAGAGUAUCCAGUCAAUACCAUCAUCAUCCAUGAAGGCUUUAAUAACCGCUCCAUGAGAAACAAUAUAGCCCUCCUGAUGACAGACACGGCGAUGCAGUUCAACGACUUGGUCCAGCCCAUCUGUUUCCUUGGCAGGAAGCUGCAUAAGCCACCAGCCUUGAGGAACUGCUGGGUGUCAGGAUGGAACCCCACGUCUGCAACAGGAAAGCACAUGACGAUGAGUGUCCUGAGGAAAAUCUCCGUGAAAGACCUUGACGUGUGUCCUUUAUACAAACCUCCGAAAACAGCCUGCUGCAGUCACAGAAAGCAGAAAACAGAGAACAUCUGCUUGGGGGACCCAGGAAACCCAAUGAUCUGCCAGCUACAGCAAUCGGAUCUGUGGGUCUUGAGAGGAGUCCUGAACAAGGGUGGUGAGAAAUGCGUUGGCCCAUUUCUGUACACCAGAGUGGAAGACUACAGUGACUGGAUCAUGGCCAAGGCCAAGAGGAUUGGCCCCGUCCUGUAUUCCCUCCACCACUGGGAGAAGGUGCUCCCUUACUCUGGCGGGUUGAGGGGCCUCAUGGCAGAGAAAACACAUGCUGGGCCGGGCCACGCUGGAUGGCACCGAGGGCGCCACCAAGGACGAAACUGGCCCUCCAGUCAUUUGAUGCCAGCAAAUGACUCUAGAAGUAGUCUUGACUUUAGGGAAAAAGGCCUGAGGGAGGCAGGCCGGUCUUCAGAGAUAGCCAUGCAACCCAUGUAUUACGACUACUAUGGGGGGGAGGCUGGGGAGGGGGGGUUCAUUGCGGGUCAGAACAGCUUACAUCAGCCCCAAGAGACUACCUUGCUUUUCUUCUUGCUGGUUUCCUUUUGCAGUGGUACCUGGUCUAAGGGUUCACCCACCCAACUGAAGAGUAAGCUCAGAAUGCUGAGUGCCAGGCACUUGCCGGGCAGUACUGAUGUCUAUUUUUGUAUUUCUGAUAGUUGUAUACCUGGGCUGCCACGGAUAGGCCCACGGCACAUGCUGGGCUGGCUCUCCCUCCUCUGUCCCAUCCCACAUGCGAGAAAGUCACCUUCAUUUGUGCUUGUGAACUAAAAAGUGGGCUAACAAGUGUCAAAUCAUUGACGUGCCCUGUGGUUCUUUCAGUGUUGACGGUCCCAGGGGCCAGGCUGUAAGACCUCCCCAUGGGCAGAUA